CACUGUAUUCCACUUUGGUAGACUGUUUGCGUCGCCUCUACUAUAAUCGCAAAUUCGAGUCAAAAGAGAAAAGAAAUACACAAAGAAAAUUAAAAAAUAUAUAUCACAAAUAAAAAAAGCAAAUAGAAAAUGAGUGGAAAAGUAUUAUUCGCUUGCUCCAAAUGUUUUUCUCGGCAUCCCUACGAAGAAUUAUCAUCAGGGCAGCAGCUUUGCAAGGUGUGCCGUGGUUCUACCUCAGUUGUUAAAUGUACUUACUGCCGCUCGGAAUUUCCCUCCGCCUCCAAAUCACAGAGUGCCUGUAAAAAAUGCGAACACUAUCUGGGCAAAUAUGGGAAGCCCACAGCUUGUGAGUGCUGCAAAAUUGUCGCGGCCUUCGGCAGCUCCAAAUGCAUGAGAUGCGCCAGCUACGAAGCCAAGUAUGGACCACCCACACAAUGCGACGAAUGCAAGCUGCGAUCAGCCUUUGACAGGCGCGACGAGAACAAAAAGGUCAAUGGGAAGAUUCUGUGCUGGCUUUGUACCUGCGCCUAUAAGCGUGCUCUGUUAAAGGCCCAGCAGGAGGGUCGAAUAUCCAUGUCAAAGAAGCGACCGCAUGAGAAAUCAUCCUCGUCGUCGGCGCAUCGAGACAGCUCGUCGCAAUCGGCCAAGAAGCCAACACGCGGUGGCGAAAUUGGCAAAAAUGCUGGCAACAAUAAUGCUGGCGGUGUUACAGCUGUAAGCGGUGCUGGACUCGAUUUGCCCGAUAAAAUAUCGCGUGGUAAUGGUGGAGGAAAUGGCACAAUUGCAGCGCCAGCUGCCAUCAAUGUGGACACAAACUCAUCGGAUCAUGUGGUGGCUAUAACAUAUCUAAAGGAGCGCAUUGCCAGUCUGGAGAAGCGCUUGAAUCAAAAAGACAAGGAACUGCUGGAGAAGGACAAGCAAUUGACAGAGCUGAAGGGCAAAAACUUUGAGAAGGAGAACGAUAUGCGCAACAGACUGAAGGAGGUUGAGCGUCUGCAUGACAUGAAGGUGGACAACUUGAAUCGCAAGGUCGCCAGUUUGCUCAAAGAACUGGCCGUGAUGAAGAAGAGCGGCAACAACAAACAGAAAGGCGGCGCCAUCAAAGCUGAAAAAGAGGCGAUCAAACGCGAGAAUCUAUCGCCCAAAGAAGAGAUUGUGGCUGCUGCUGCGGCUGUUCCAGUUGUUGUGUCCGAGAAGCAGGCGAGCAAACGAGCGGAACCCGAACGGGAUCUGGAUAAGGAUGAGAAGAGUCGCGAUCGUGACGAGGAGCGCAACAGCGACCAAGAUCGUGGCAGCGUGCAUUCUCGCUCUGGUUCCAGCAGCCCAUCCUCUAACUGAAAGGGGGCGCACACAUUCAACAAAAACAAAGAACUCCCUCCCCCCCAACGAGCAUCAUCGAAACACACAAGAGGGCACAAUUCAAUCAGAUUGCGAUGCAGAUUGUGAUGCGUAUUUGUUGUAAUUUGAUUUUUAGAUUGUCGCUAUACUAUUGAUAUAUAGACCUUUUUUUACCAUUACUUUCUUUAAUUGUAACAUAAUCUUUACAAAAAUAUUGUUUCAUAUCAUUUUUUACAUGUCUUUUCUCGCCACAUUUCCCCAACACAAAAAAAAAAUUGUUCUCACUUUUGUUUUCCUGUACUGCGCGCUUUCAUUGAAUGUAAUCAUCGAUUAGAAAAUGUAAAAAUAUAUAGGCUCAACAAAUUUUCUUUAGUUUAAUUCUUCUUCGCCAAGAUGAAACACAUACAAAAAGAACGAAAGCAUUGUUUAAAAUACUUAAGAAUAUACACAAGUUGGGAAUACGACAAAAAAAAAAUAAACAAAACAAUAAUUGUAAAAUA